AUGGCUCCUAUGGCAGACCUCAUAAAGAGAAACAAGAAACUUGAUAUAGACCCCAACCCCAAGAAAGUGGAAGGCACCACUUCUUCCACUGAACCGCCUUCUCCUGCAAAGGACAUUGCUGCUGAAAGAGCCAACACCAAAUGGGGCUUGAAAGAGAUGCAUGAGUUUUUAGAAGGUGGCGAGGCCAAGUCGACUGAAAUCUUGAGACUUUACCAAAGCAUUGAAAGAGACCCAACCUUGCAAACCAGACCCGAGCAUUUUGACUUGACUCAAAAGGAAGAAAGACAAUUGGUAGCCGAGAGAAUCAAUCAAAUGACCAAAUACAUUGAAAUUGAGUCCUAUGCUAAGUUCAGAAGAAGGUUGCAGUUGAUGACCGUGAUUGACCCUUCGAUGGGUAUUAGGAUCUUGGUCAAUUUGGGCCUAUUUGUCAACUGCAUCAAGGGUAACGGUACCCAAAAGCAAUAUGAUUUCUGGGCAAAGAAGAAAGAAGCUGGCCAUUUAAAGCAGUUGUAUGGUUGUUUUGGGAUGACCGAGUUGGGCCACGGCUCAAAUGUCGCUGGUUGUGAAACCACUGCCAUUUUUGACGAGGCCACCGACGAGUUUAUCAUUGACACUCCUCAUAUCGGGGCUACUAAAUGGUGGAUUGGAGGUGCUGCCCACUCGGCUACCCACACCGUUUGUUACGCAAGAUUAAUCGUUAAGGAUAUCGAUUAUGGUGUCAAGACCUUUGUGGUUCCAUUGAGAGACUCUCAGCACAACUUGUUGCCAGGUAUCGCCGUUGGUGACAUUGGUGCCAAGAUGGGAAGACAAGGUGUUGAUAACGGCUGGAUCCAAUUCACCGAAGUGCGUAUUCCAAGAUUCUUUAUGUUGCAGAGAUGGUGUAAAGUUAGUCGUCAAGGAAAUGUUACUCUCCCACCAUUGGAGCAAUUGAGCUACAUUUCUCUUUUGGAAGGUAGAGUUGGUAUGGCUGCUGACUCGUACAGAAUUGGUGCUAGAUACACCACUAUUGCGUUGAGAUAUGCAGUUGGCAGAAGACAAUUCAACAGAGAUGGUGGAGAAGAGGAAACUCAAUUGGUCAAUUACCCAUUACAUCAAAGAAGAUUGUUCCCUUACUUGGCAUUGACCUAUGCUGCUGCUGUUGGUACAGACAGAUUGGAAGUUGAGCACAACCAGUUGUUGGCCAAUUUGGACAAGGGCUUGGCAACCAACGAUAAAUUAUUGUUGAAAAACACCAUCAACGCCACCAAGUCGAUGUUUGUUGACUCUGGCUCACUAAAGUCAACUUUAACUUGGGACGCCUCCGACUUGAUUGCCGAGUGUAGACAAGCAUGUGGAGGUCACGGUUAUUCAUCAUACAAUUCCUUUGGUAAAACCUGGAGUGACUGGUCAGUGCAAACCACUUGGGAAGGUGACAAUAACGUUUUGGCCAUGUCUGCCGGUAAAACAAUCAUCAAGACUGUUCAACAAGUUUUGAAUGGCAGAAAGUUGAAGGACUCGAGCUUGGAGUUUCUCAACGACGCGCCUACUUUGGCCAAGGCCAAGAAGGCAGUUAUCAGGAUCAGGGAACACGUUGACGAUCCAGACCGUGUUUUGAAGGCCGUUUCUGCCUUGAUUGCAAAGUUUGCCGUUGACUUGAUUCCAGUCUCACACACCUCGAUGGAUUCCAUUGGUCCUCAAAGAGUCAUCUUGUCCAAGUUGAGAUGCCACCACUACUUGUUGGAGACGUUUAUUCAAAGAUUGAAUGACCAGGUCAAGGCCAAAUCUCCAAUCAGAGAACCCUUGGAGAAGUUGCUUAGAUUGUACUAUGUCUCCAACAUCUUGAGUCCAUUCAUUGGCGAGUUUUUGAGGUUCGGCGUUGUUUCUCCAAAGACUGCCAUCUACAUCAACGCCACCUACCCACAACAAUUGUGCACCGAGGUGAGACCAUUUGUUAUUGGAUUAACCGACUCUUUUGAACAACCAGACAAUUUCAUCCACUCGUUGAUUGGUAAGUACAAUGGUGACAUCUACAACAACUACUUGUCCGCAGUUAAAACCAUCAACAACCCACUCAAGACCAAAGCACCGUACUCUGAAACUUUCGAGGCCAUGUUGAACAGGCCUUCAUUGGAGGAGAGACAGAGAUUUGAGAGAUCCAAGGAAGUGGAGGAGAUUUUGUCUAAAUAA